UAUGAUGACUUAUUCUUUUUGGUUGCAGUUGUUAGAGAGAGGUGUGUCCCAACACACACACUUUAGAGGCCUCUGUGGCUUGGUCACCAUGUAAUUAGAGCAGUAGAAAGUUCAUACUUCAGAGCUAAGGCUACUGCAGGGCCUGGUAUAUGCUUGGGCAGAUCUUCCAUGUUCUGUCCACCAGAGAGCAGUGGUGGAAGGCGGGAGAUGCCAGCAUUUAUCACCCUUCUUGUACAGCUGAAUUGCAACAUGCUGAAUUCAAUAUGUGGAAUUCUCUCAGCUUCCUGCAGAGACCAGAUGAAAAAGGGGCAUCUUAGCUAAAAGCAAUGAUCUGCCUGUCUAAUUCCUCUUGAAUCAGUCAGUGCCCCCUCCCCCUGUGCUCUUUUAGUGUGGAAUAGCGCGUGUGUGGGUGUGUAUGUGCACCCUGUGCAGCAUCACUGGUCACCAUCUUGGUUGUGCCCUCUCAGGCUUCCCUCUGUGCUGUGCGCAGGGUUUCUGAAGUUAGUCCUUGGGGUAGACCCUUCUCCACUCAGGUUGGCUUUGCUUGGCAAAGCAGGAUGCUGUCGGUGUUUCCCCUCCCCAGAGUCCGUAUUGCGGCGUCUUUGUUCUUUCUGCUCGUUUGCUGACUUUUGCUGACUGCAGCAGGCAGUUCCUGGAUUUUUGGCUGAGUUGCUUCUGCUACUUUCCCUUGACACUGGGCCAGCAUCUCUUCUCCUGACAUCACCUCUGUCCAUGCAUCAUUUGGACUGGAGACCACACUGCUCCCUGACCUUGGCUGUCCCCUCGCUUUCGGAAAAGUUGUGUGUGCUUUGGCUGGAUGUGUGUGCCUGUGUGUGUGUGCCCACAUGUGUGUUGGGGAGUGAUGUUACAGAGCCAGUGAUGGAUUCUUGGGAAGUUUCAGGUGCUUUCUGCUCUUGUCUAAUGGGAGUUUCGGUUUUCUGUUAGUGUGCAGUGCUUCACUGGUGACCAAUGUAUAGAGCAGAGCAUGCCCAAACUUGUUUUCUUUCACAUCUUUCAUUCUUAAUUUCCUCUGCGUACUAUAGCCUCUGCAUACUACAUCUGAAACCAUACUACAGCCAUGCUAGCUUGCAGUUAGUGUGUGACUAGGGCACUGGACUGGGGGUCAGGACACCUGGGUUUGAGCCCUGCCCUUCCAGCAACUUUGAGUGAGUCAGCUGUGCCUCUCAGUGCCUCAGUUUCACCCUCUGUUAAAUGGGGAUGAUUGCAGUUCCUGGCUCAAGUUGCUUUGAAAUCAUGAUGGAUUAGAACUCUCUCAACUGAUUUUUGUCAUUGUUGAGUAACAAGUGGGCCAGAGAGACAGGGAAGCACGAAAGCAAAUGCCAUGGGCAUUUGAAAGUGAGCAUCAGCAGUUUCCUUGCUCCUGUGUACAAAUCUUUCCAUCAAGCCAUGUAUGCACUCAAGGCAUGGCCUAGUGGCUUUAAAGGCACCUUUGCAGUGCUCUCCCUUAAGCCUGCCUCUCAGCCCUGUGUGUGAGGGAAAGUUUGGGCAUAGGGGCUGCUUAGAUUUGUCAGUAUAUGGAGUGAGCCCUAUAGAGGGUAGUGCACUGGGCAGGUGCUUUAACAGGGGAGACCUCAUCCUGUGAGAAAUAGACCCAGUAGCAGGGUCAGGGGGCAGCAUGCAAACCUGGUGAAAAUCCAGCUCACAGAUUCAGCCUGGGGACAGUUUAAGACUGCCUGAGAGGCAGGAAUGGUUAUGUUGGUAACGCAGAAAUGAAAUGAGGAGAGUAACAGUCUGGCUGGUCAAGGGAAUCAGGGCCCAAAUUUAUUAGAGCUAAAGGAGUGUCCUCUGAAGGGCAGAAACCCUGUAUAAAGGCAAGCCCUGAUUCUGCAAGGUGAAGUUGGACUCAAGUCACCAAAGCAUGCAGCAAGUGGUAAAGCAGGAGCCCUGGAGUGGAACAAAUGCCUUGGCAGCAAAGCACCCACUGCAGAUAGAAAAUGCAAUGGGAGGCUUUUGCAAAGGUAAAUGGGGUCAGGGUUGAAAAUCAGGAGGCUCCUGACAGGGUGGGGGCUGGUGCUCCUUAAGGGCCUUUAGCCCCACCAGCCAGGUACCUGUGAGGUUUCAUGCUCAUGCAUUCAGGGUCAAACCAAUGGUCAGGAAGGAGUUUUCCCCUAUAUCAGAUCAGCUGGGUCCAUUGGGAAUUUUUUUGCGUUCCUUUUCUUUGGAUCAUCUGAGCCAGAGGGCUAGCAGGGCAGCUCUGUGCCUGAUGCAGCCUUGAUGCAUGGGGUAGUGCCAGUUGUGAUGGGGCCGAUGGUGACAGCGUGGUCAGCCACCACUGCAGCAGUGGCUAUUUUUGCAACCCACUCCCCCAAAGACAGCACCUGGGGUGGCUUCCCUGGUUGCCCUGCCUUCAGUUUUGCUGCUGAUCUGAGCAUAGAUUACCCCACAAACACCCUGUCAAUGGAGUGGCCCAAGGCGUUGGCAGUAGCUUUGUUUCCCAUGCUCUUUAGCUGUGGCACAUUGUAGGUCGUUUUUCAUGGGAUCUUUGAGUGAAGGACAGGAGUAGACAUCCCUUGGACAAACGGUUGCCUGUAACCACAGUGUUCUGGGCUCCAUAGCCCAGGAGGCCCCACUUGGGCCUAUGAUCCUUAUGGCUUUCAGCUCUGCCACUGUCAGAAGGGGGAAGAAGUUAUCAAAGAGAGUGGGGCAGCAUCAGAGCAGUUGCGUCCAUUGAUUGUAUUGAUUGAUGGUUAUUUUUGCUUUGAGGAAUGAUGGGGAGAAGGGGGAGUUCCUAUUGGGAGGGCAUGUUUCCAGGAAAUCAGAGAUGUCUACUGCAGAGAAGACAGUCUCCAAGGCAUGGACUAUGGAACAGUGUGGGAAGCCUGAGACCAGCCAGUCCUCAGGCCUGGGUGGCAUGUACAUACAUCGAUGGGUUCUGGCAGUGGUAACAUGUGGGAAAACAGAGCUUCAGGGAGGGAUGUUCACUCCAGCACCUGUCCAGGGUGCUCAGAAAGUCAGCUGUCUGCAGCCUCCCUGUAAAAAGGGAGCUUAGGAAUAUGUUAGGAGUUCCCUCCAGAUGCUCUUGGUGGUUGAAUACAGAGUCACACACUGUCUCAGCUGUGUCUCCAUUAUAGGUUUAGCUGCUGGACAUCUUGAUUGGCAGUCCUUGGCUCCAGCUGGGAAGCCUACCCUGCUCACAAGCCUGGUUUGGCCUGCACUGCCCAAGGUUCCCUUAGUGUUGGGUUAAGUCAGGGGUAUUAAACAGCAGGAAGAGGCUAUGCCAUGGCUGCCAGCUGUAUCAGUCUUGGCUGCUUUGUGGUCCCUUGUCCUUCUAGUUACCACCUGCAUUGCCCUUGCAUGAGACAGUGGGGAUCUGACCAUGCACUGAAGGGGAGACAGCUCAGUAGUUGGAGAAGCAAGAGAUGUGGGAGUUGGGGAGACAAAGAAAGCAAAGAAACCUGACAGGAGGCAGGGCCACCAAGCCAUUGCUUCCCUCUGCCCACUGCCUUUGGAGAAUUGAGCCAUCCCUUCAGUUGCUGUCAUGCAGCCUAUGACACAAGGGUCUUGAUUCCACCUGCCUUAUGUUGCAGGCUCACUAUGCAUAUGGGUGGGGGAGCGGGCCAUUUAGUAGUGGGGAGGUGGUAUGGGGGACUAUCUUGAGUGACUCCAGGGCUGAUCCCAUUUCAGUUGAUGCCCUCUGCCAGAGGGAUAAUCUGACCAAUUAAAGAAAUGAUCAUCAGGUGCAAACAUUAGGCUGAAUCUUCAGCCAGUGUUCAUCACUGUAGCUCCACUGACUGUGGUAGGCUGUAGCACAGUGUUAUUUCACCCCUGUGCGAGGUUUAACCCACAGUUGUCUCAGUUACAGUGUACUGCACUUAUACGUGAAACUAUUGUCUUCUGGAUCUCAGACCACAUAUUUCCCACUGCCACCAUCAUCAGUAUGCUAUGACCCAGGAACCCUAGUUAUAGGCCAGCAACAAGGUGUUGAUCUGUGCCCCAAGCAGCAGACAGUGAGUAGCCCCUGAGCAAAUGGUACCUUUCCCAACACCUUCACUCCCUUCAGCUUCUGCUUUGCUGCUUCCUCUACCUGGAUCUCUCAUUCAGAGAGCCCAAACUGGGGUUAAAGUGACUGGGGUGUGUGCUGAAGAGCAACACAGCUCCCCUUCCUCUGCCAACAGUAGUGGGAACAGCCCUUUCCUCCCCCUGAUUUGGGUAAAAAACAUUGCCCUCCAAUACCCUGCUCUUUGUUUUGUGCAGUGUUCAUUCUUUUUAAACACCAUAUUCUGUUACUGCAGCAAGGUCGUAGGCUGCUAUUUGGCUCUGUGUCCAGAUGAAAUGGCUGAGAGUUUUAGUUAUUAUGUGGCUGGAACCGCAGGGAGGUGUCUCUCCAUAUGGUGUCUCAGAGCUGUUUAGGGAAUAUUCUCACCCUGGUACUAAUGAGAUGUAGUAGGUAAUAGAGCUGUCCCUCAGGGAUUAUGUUGUAAUAAUGUGCUACGCUAGAGAACAGGUCUCCACUCGCUCUUGCUCGCUGUUGUACAUGAGACAGUGAUGCAUGUCCUAUCUUGACAGUAGAGAUAAGCUAUCUCUGCAGUGAUGGGAACUGUCUUGUGUUUAGUGUCACCCUUCCCUUCACUGCUUUUAUCAGAUCUCCAGGCUUGCGAGUUUGUUCCCAGGUGAACAGCAAUAUGUUUUAGGCUGCUCCACUUGGGAUUUGAUAAAAUUUGUCUGGCUCAAUCUGUGCUCAGGCAUUUAAUGUGUAAUACUCUUUGUACUCUUCCCUCCCCUCCCCUUCUUGGGAAUGAGUGUUUUCCUUUUAGGAGCUUGAAUGCAGUAGAAGCAAAGCAUCCGCCUCAGCGUUCAGAGGGCUUGUAGUGGCUUCUUUCUCAUAAGAAGCACUUGUAGCUGCAAGGCCAGAUCCCGCCAAGGGCGUAGGAUAGUUUCUACCAGUGCAAGAGUGACGUGGCAGAAAGUGUACUGGUGGGAGGAAUACAAGGGCAUGGACAGGUGACAUAUUUAAAUCAGCGUAAUCAGCAUUUGCACUGGUGUAAACAAGGGUGGACCAGGUAAGUUCCCUGAAUCUGGGGGAAAGGUUACCCUGGGAAAUAUCCCUAGUCCAAAUGCACUGAAAUAGGUGUUGUCUGUCUGAUUUCAGUGCAAACAGGCCAUUACCUACUGCCCCAUCACCUGGCAGUGAGGCACUGGAAUAGUAACCUAGUGUAAGCAGGCACUUCAGAAGACUCCAUGGGCUGUUUUCCCUGGGUUACACUGGGAUAAAUGUGGCAUCUGUCCAUGCCCCAAAGCAUCUUCGCUUCCCUUUCUACCAGAGGGCUGCCAUGGAACAGCAACACCCAAGAAGCAAAUGGCAAUAGGCUCUUGGGCAGUGCUCCUGCUGAUGGAUUUGAAAGCUGUCCUGCCCUGGCAGAAACCCAGAGAGAGGCCAAGGCUGUUCCCAGGAGAGCAGUGGGGAUGUAAUUCACACCUCCCUGCACCACUUUCAGUGAAUGCAGAGGUUGCUGCAUGCCAUCAAGGUCUCCCUCUGAGGUGCUCUAAUGAGGUGGUUGUUUCUGGAGGGCUCCCCUGGUGUGUGCAGCACAGGCUCUGUUCUUUCCCCCAUGGCUUGCUGUAAGAAUCCAUCCAGUCAUUUAGUGCUGCUGUUUCACAUGUGCAUGUGCUGCAUUGGCCUGAGUUUUUAUUAGUUCUCUUUUAUGUUUACAGUUCCCUCUUAAGAAGUCCGUUCCCCAGCACUAAGCCAGUCAUUUGGGGAUUUCAGCUCCCUGUUUUUAGCAGCCUUUAUGUUCAGUUUCCAUCUGGUUUGAGUUGUGCUGCUCCGUUCCGUAGGCAAUGGCAGGGACUUUGUUCUCAUUAAUUUUGUAGCGGCAUAUGGUUUCCACUUGAUGUCCCCUCCUGCAGUCCUAAGCCAACAUUUAGGCCCAGAUCUGGAUGGGCGCUGAGUGCCUUCAGAUUCUGUGGGAGCCAGUGGAUGCUGAGGAUGCUGGGUCCUUUGCAGAAAGCUCUCAGCACCUUGCAGGAUCCAGCCCUUUGGACUUCAGUGAUUUGAUGACUUGGGAACAGACAUUUUUUGCUCUCCCUCUUUCCAGCUCAUGAGCUGUAACUUCUUGUGGCUUUUCUAAACUGGUUAUUUCUACUUCAUAAACUUCUGCUUUUUUUCCCCCCUCCCUCUCUCCCAGCUGAUGAGCCAUCCUUGGCAUCUCUGUCAUGUGCCUCAGACAUCCAGUUUCUGCUUGUCUUAGAGAUUGCACCGAGGCUUCCUAUUCAUUUGGCCUGCCUGAUAUUAUUGCCGUCCUGGUAUGAUAAGUAGUCGGUGCUCUCAGCAUUAUCCCCCUAGUGCCUCUUCCUCUUAAGUACUUGGCUAUUGGUCUUGGCUAAGUCUGGGGAAGUUUGACUGAGGUGUACUUGUAUUUCUGCCUAUACUGGAAACCCAGAGCCUGGAGAAUCUCGCUUCUCUGCUCAGGAUCACACUGAUCACCACAUAUGGGGUCAAGAAGGAAUUUCUCCUCUAGGUCAGGUUGGCGUGGGCUGCGGGGCAUGUGCUUCCCUCUGUAGCAUGGGGCGUUGUCAUUUCCUUGGGAUGUUCUAUGUAUAUAUUAACUAGCUACUUUCCUGUUGUUGUGGUGUCUGGGUAUUGGCAGUGCCCUUGUCUCCCUGCCUUUUCCCUGUGCCAUGUUAUACAGUAAGGAUUGGCAACCUACAGCCUGCGGGCUAGAUCUGACCUGCGAGGAGAUUUUAUUCUGCCCACCAAACACACCAGAAACUGAUGUUAGCAUGAAAAUGUAUAUAUCCUGCCUAAGUUUUGCAGAAAAAUGAGCUGUCUAGUGGUGGAAUAUCUAACUGCCCCCUCUGGCCCACCUUAGGCCCAAGCUGUGUUAAUCCAUCUCUCUGCUAGUGAAAGGUUGCUGGCUUCUGUUAUGGGGUGUUCUUAGAGUUUCUGACACUGUUCCCUGUAGCCGUGGGUGAUGGUUUGAUGCAGUGCUUUUUGGGAGUUCUUGGGUUAAUGAUGGCUUUCAAACUCCAGCCCUGCCCUAGGUCCUUGGUUCAUGCUCCUCCCUUCUCUUCUAACCUUUACUCUGCUCCAAGCCCUGGAACUAGUUGGUUUUCCCACAAGGUCUUAGCUUCUGCAUUGGCCCCAGGUUCCCUCCUCUCUUCUCUGCUGCAAGUUCUGGUCCAAGGAAAGGACAGAGGAGUUGGAUCUAUUGGACACUUAAGAGGUCACUGAAUGAUGGCCUGCCAGCUUAGUGGCUGUAAGUCCCUUCAGUACUUCCUUCUAAACUCACAGGGCAUGUACCCAUGGCAUCUGGAGAGACAAGUCGGGGUAGGCAGCUAGUAACACCAUGUUCUCUGGGACUGUGCCCAGUUUGCUAAAUGAUCCACGUGAUGACAACUCCACCUCUUCUCUUCAGGGACAGCUCCACAGCCCUGUGAAUCUCACAUCACCCUUCCUGACCAAUUCUCCCUUUUCCCUGGCAGCUUCCACCCACCAGACCCAUGUACCGGCUCUCCACUCUCCUUCUUACAUCAUUAUCUGGCUCUGCUAAGCACGCUUUGCUCUUGUAAUGCUCCCCUGGCAAGCUCUUGCUCCCUCCCUCAUUAGUCAGCUGCCUGGGUUUGAGAGUUUAGUUAGGAAUACAAGCUGGUUUUAGGGCAGAACCAACACCUCUGCAAAAGUAUAGCUGUGCCUGGCUAGCCUGGCAGGGUAUUUUUGUGACAGGGAGGGAUGAAAGGGAAUUUCAAAUAAUUUCAGAGGAAGAUGACACCCAGGAGACAAGAGCAUUGCCUGUAGCCUUUCUAUGGUACCCUUGUAUCUUCAAAGCUUUAAGUUCCCAGGGGAUGAUGAGGGCCAUACAAGGACAAUUAGAGUUUGAUUUUCCAAGGGCUCAACACAGCUUCCACUACAAUUGGUCAGGCCCAGGCCCCCCACUACAGCCCUGUGAGAUAGGCAGGACAUUCCUGCCCCAUUUUUAUGGUUGGGGAAUCAGGCGUAGAAGCUAUUUUCCCACCCUCGCAGAGGGGAAUCACUGUCAGUGGCAGGAGAGCUGAGAUUUUCCUGGUUUUCAGGCUUUGCUUAAACCAUGUGGCCUCUUUGUUUGUAUGGUAUAAUCGCCUGCUAAAGUCCUCCUUCAGAGACUGUCUAGGGCAGGCUUGUUCAGCUGGCAGCCCAUGGGCCAUAUGUAGCCUGUGUGGGGUUAGGUUGCUGCUCCUGGGCUCCUGCCCAGCUGCUACUUCUCCUAUUGCUCUGGCUGCAACAGCAGCUGGAGCCUCCAGACUUCCCCUCCCUCCUAUGACUUUCACUGCUUGCCUCUAUCCCAGGGACCAGGACAGUGCAGCAUGGCACAGGGCAGCUGGAGGAGGGGAGGGGGAAACUGGGGCCACAUGGUACAGCAGCUGGGGAGGUAAAGCCCAUGUGGGUGUGGGGUAUAGUGGUGGGGAGGUGGGGCAUGGAUGCAUGGUACACUGUGGGUGGGGUGGGGUGGGGCGGGGCACCCACAUGGUAUACGGCCUGGCAGGGGCUGUGGCUCACCCUGGUGUGGCUUGUGGGCAUGUGGCCCCCUGCUUGUGUGGCCCAUGUGGUGUUUGGCCUCUGGCCACUUAGAAGUUGGACAACCUUGAUCUAGGGCAAUAAAAAGCUACUGGAAAGCAAUGCCUGUUUGGUACGGAGCUGCCAUUGUUUUAUAUGCUAGGAAAUACUACUGUGCUGAAUGGCUGUUAUUCCAAGCAGGAGUGACUUUUCUCUCCUGCUCUUUGUCUUGCAUGGAGAGUUGGGUCUGCUUGACACACAAUACUCCCAUUAUAUUUAUUCUUGGCUGCUACUUCUUUGCUACAAGCUAGUUAGUAGACCAGCUGUCUUAGGGCUGAUGGUCUACACAUCAUGGGGUUGAUGCCACCAUAGCUGUACCUGUAUUGUUAUUGGCAGAGGCCCCUAGUGGAGACACCAUGUUUGGCAGCAGAAAGGGAUUUUCUGCUGCCGUAGCUGUACCAUCUCUUCAGACAACACUAGCUACGCUACCAGAAGCCCUUUCCUGCCAGCUUAGCUGCAUCCAGACUAUUGGGAGUUUUGCCAGUCUAGGUACAUCAGCUAGGGGGAAUGGUUUUUCCUUCCACCUCGCUGACUUAGUUAAGUUCAGAAAACAUUGUAGGAUGGACCAGACCUUAGGGAAGCAGCAGUGUUGGUGAGCCUGUCCCUCAGACCUAGUCCUUAGCAGAGUGCUAGGGGUGGCAUGUGUGCACAUGCACAUGCACAUGCACACACACACACACACACACACACAUGCGCCUGCUUUCUCUCAGUAAGAAAACAAAAUACCUUUGGCAUUGUCCAUCUCUUAUUGACCUCAUAGGUCAAUCAUCUCUCCCCUAUUUUAAAUGGGCUCUGGCAUCACUGAGGGCUCAAGGAUCAGAGAGAGUGCCUUGACUUGGCAGGACCCAGCUCUCUGCCCAUUUUCUAAAACUACUGGAUGCCACACACAUGGUUGUGGUUGUGAUGUCGACAGCCCAAAUGACCCUGACAGUUGUGACCGUACCAAGAAGCAUGAGAUUUUGCAUGCCCUGCUGAGCGCCUCAGAGACCUCCCUGACCCUGGAGGUGCGGCAGGAUUGGUGGGUAGGGCUGCGAACCUCAGUGUCGUGACCCAGGUCUGAUAUGGUAAGCACAGUCCCUGCAUUCCUAUUCAGAAAUGACAUUUGUCUUCCUUUACUCUCCUGAGUUAUUGUUUGGUGCUGCCAGGCGCUGUGAAUCUGCUGCCCUUUCUCACCCUGCAGGUGGCUGCAUUUCAGUGACACGAUUCCCUUACAUGCUUUGUGAGCUCGUUGGGAUAAAAGGAGCUAUAAACGUAAGCUGGCAUUAUUAGUAUUCUAUUAACUCCCAGAAUCUCCUCCGUAUCAGCCUCCACCCCUCCAAAGAGAGUCCUGGUUUAGGUGCACUCAAAUCCUGUUUAAGGCCUGUUUUGUCCCCAGUGGGCAUACACCCUUGACAGGUAGCCCCUUCUGGCCAUGAUAAGACCUACAGCUACAAAGCAUGAAUGCUGUGUGUGCAUAGAAUCAUAGAAAGCUAGGGUUGGAAGGGACCUCAGGAGGUCAUCUAGUUCAACCGCUGCUCAAAGCAGGACCAUCCCCAAGCAGAUCAUUCCAUCCAAAGCUGUGUCUAGCUGGGUCCUGAAAACCUCCAACACUGUCUCAGUAAAACACGCAAGUCAGCCUUCAGGCACCUGAGGAAAUGGGUGUUGGAAUCAUAACAUCCCCUGCUAAUGGUGGAUGAUUCCUUCCAAGUCUGCAACCCCACCCAGGUGCAGGAUGGUCACACACACACACACGCAUGCACGCACGCAUGUGCACGUGCGACUGGUGCCUCCUGAAUCCGGGGGGGGCACCUGCAGAAGCCGCCAAUGGUGGUGGCCCUGUUGGGGGAGGGGGGACACUAGCCCUACCGACAGCAUGAGUGUCGGCCGUCGGGGGGGCACUGGCCCCACCGGGGGGCACGUUCACCCCCCUGCACCCCGACCAAUCACCUGUGCGCACACGUGCGCGCACAUACACACACACACGCACGCACACGCACGCACGCUCUCACUCCCUGGUGCCUGGGGAGAGCUUGUUUACACUUAACCCUCCCACCCACAUUGCCUUCCAUCAGGGAGAGGCUUUGUUUAACAGAAAAGGGGCAUUGCCCUGUGGAGGCUCCUCUGGGGAUACCAAGAUACAGGUCCCCAGGUUUAUGGGCAGUCUGCACUGUUGUAUCCCUGCUUUGGGUAGAUGCCCAACAUGGGGGAAGGGACUGCAGCCAAGGCUCUGCUGGAACAGGGUAUCAGGAUAUUCUCCAGAAGCUCUCACCUGGUCUCCUUCUUCCCCCCCAUACACCCUUCUUCUCCUUUCCUGCUCUCUGCUCAGACCCUCUUCCUCCUUUGCAAGUGCCCUCAGGCAGACUUUCUUCUCUGUGACUCAUCUUCAGAAUCACUGAAACCACCUGAACAAGAUUACCACUUGCUGCACUUUCUUCUCAGAGAAAGAAAUCUACCCUGCUUUCAACUUUCUUCUCAGGACAGAAGCUUGACCCUGAAACAACAUAAUUGCCAUCUCUAUGCCAGAGACUGUGCCUUGUACCAUACUUCUCACAUGCUAGUCAGCAACUUGGACACGCUGUGCUCUAGAGAGCUACCUAAUGCUGUCUACCAAAUGCUGCAGAGGCCUCACUGCCUCACUGCUGCAAUGAGCUUUGCAGGUGCUGAGGCUAGUGUGGAGCCCAAGAGGGUAGGCAAUAUGCCACACAUGGCUUGUGGCUAGCUUGGCCCUUGGUGCAGGACAGGGAUGCUGGGAUUUACACCAGAGUUGCAACAACCUCUCUAGACUAAGAGGUCCCAAAGUGUGAUGUGCAAAGCCCUUUAAGGCAGCCUGCCACCCAGGACUGCUCCUCUGUAAAGGACCUUCAUGGGCACAACUUUGGAAACCCCUGUCCUAGACAAGCAGGGGCCGACCUUUUUGCCAGGCAUUCCAGAAACUAGCCCCAAAGUCUCCCCAAGCGCUACCCUUUCCUUACCCGAUCUGCUCUGUUUUCUGCUUCCUGCCCCUUCUGCCACUGUGCUGCCUGUCCCCUUCCCAGUAUGCUACCUGUCACACACACAAGCUGCCUGUGACACUCGUGGCAUGCGUUGGCCACCCCUGCCCUAUCAUCAUGCCAAAUGGCUAGCUGGGGUGAUGAAAUACCCCAGCACCUCCCACCCAGAUGUCAUUUUGUUCCAGGGAUGCACAACUGGAUACACUGGCUGUGUUGGAGAGGCCUUUCAUUCUGUGGGGGCAUUCCCUGGGCCUAUGCAGCAGGAAGGAAUUCCCCCACAGUGACCCUAGGCAUACUCCUGCUCUAAUGCCACACAGAAGAUUGGUAUCACCACUGAGACUUGAACUGAGAAACCCCUGGUUCCCUGCCUGGGGCUCACAGCAUAUGGCACUCCUUCAGGUUUGUGCUGAGACAUAUUGCAAGUCCCUCAGAUACGCAUAGCUCUGUUCACAUCAGUAAGGUCAUUCAUGUGAGUAACUGUUCACUAGGUGUUAUUGGCCAGGCUGCUUGUUCUUCAAUACACAGAAAAGCUGAGUUAAUGGGGAAUUUGUCUGGGGAGGAGGACUCCAUGACUUCCCUCUUGACCCAGCAGGGUUUCAAGUUUGGACUUCUCCCAUGUGGCUCUUGAGGGAGUUCAGCACAAAGCAUUUAAUUAAUAGGCUGCACUUGGAAUACAGUCAGUGCCCCUGUCACUGACGCCCAAGCCAAAGCAAACUCUGGCCUCCUCCCCAGAGGAAGAGGCAGCAGGUAAACCCUUCAUGGGGUCCCUACACUUGGCAGAUCUGGCCAUGAUGUUCCCAUGGGGGUGUGCUGAGUGAGAAGGGCUAUUUGCACAAAGCCAUUCCUCUGAUCAGUAUGGCCUUCCAGGGGGGUGAAGCUUCACCAGCAGAGGAUGCUGACCCCUGAUGCAUUAUGACUGUCCCAGUCACUUGUCUGUGUUGCUUUGUUAUUUUAGCCUGUGGUUCCCCGUUACACUGCUGAGCCUGUAUUUCAGCCCAAAGCAUGUCCCCGCAUUUAACUAACAAGUGCCUUGCAUUCCUGUUCCUAUUACUCUGCUUCCUUUGGCUUUUACACACCUGUCAUGCUCCUAACUCUACAGCUUCCUUGCAGAUCUCUCCUCUGUCUCUCAUACGUACUGCUUUCGCUUCUGAACAGCCCCACACUCCAUCUGGCUACAAACUCAAGAGACAAAACCCAUCACUCCUCCUGGCACAUGAGUGGUAUGGUAGAGUGCUUGUUCCUUGUUAGGAUCUCUUUUUCUCCAUCUUUCCCAGUUUGCCUGCAGUGAGGUGGAGGGGAAGCUAUUCUGGUGCCUAGGAUGCUGGUCUGGGAUGUGGGUAGACCUAGCUUCAAAUCCUUGCUCUGGCCCAGGCUUCUUGUAUGACCUUGAUCAUGUCAUUUAGUCUCUCAGUGCUCUGGAUGUAAAAUGGGGGUGGUGGUUGUACCCCCUGCCUCACAGGGGUGUGGUGAGAGUAAAGAUGUUGGAGAUCCUAGAUCUAGUGGGAUGCUGAGUGUUUCCUGUAAGAACACAGGGUAGGGGGUGACCGCUCAGCUCCUACACUUCUUGGCAGUAACACACUCCUGCCACAGAUGUGCCUAGGCCAGUGUCUCUUGCCUUUCAUAGUGGUGCCCAGCCUGCCUCUUGCCAACAGCAGCAUGAUAAGAAAUGCAUCCGGUUCAGUCCUCAACACUAGCACCCUGUACCUUAAACCUCAUGCUAAACUAGAAAAACUUUUCAAUUACUGCUAUGGUAGCCUCGGCCCUUUGUGUUGGUUGAGAGAAGAGAGAAUUUGCUAACCCUCAUGGCCUUUCAGCCCCUCCCUCAUCGCAAACACCUCCUAUGGUAAAGCAUUCAUCAUCAGUGCUAGCAGCUGUGCCUGUAGCACAGCAAAAUGCGGCCCACCAGGCCAUUCUAUCCGGCCUGUGGGGCUUUUAAAAAAUUUAGAAAAUUAGUAUUUAUCUGCCCCUGGCUGCUUGUCUUGCGGCCCUCGAUGGCUUGCCAAAACUCAGUAAGCGCCCCUCCGCCUGAAAUAAUUGCCCACCCCUGCAGUAGCUUGUAUGCUUUUGUAGCAGGGCAGAUACCCUCCCUUCUCCUCAGCACCCAGCCACUCUGAAGUGACAGGUAGAGGGAGGCUUUUCUAGGGUAACUUCUGUCUCUCAGCACUUGUGACCACAUUUUGGAAACCCCCCACCAUCUCUCACACCCUCUCUGAUGGAUCUUGGUAAAACAAUCCCUCUGCACCUGGACAAUAUCUGUUCCCACCAUGUAGCUGUUGCCUGGGGAAGGGGAGGGAUGAGAUCUGCCAGGGCAAUCCUCCUUUACAGGAGAGGAGCAGGUGGGACAACUUUUGCUGUGGAGUGAAAGAAGAGGGAAGGAGUAGUAAUAGAGAUGGCCCCUUUGUGAUGGUCCCUCAGGAUCAGUGCAGGGGGGGCUUCUGCUCCAGGUCUGUGGCUAGGGUAACCCUCUGUGAGGGCUGAUUUCCUGCUCGGUGAAGGCUGAUUUCCGAACCCUCUGGCCCAGGGCAGGGUAUUGAUUCAGUCUUUUGUAUUCUCUAGUGAAGAAGAGUCAAUUAUGGUUUGAAUCAGAGUCACGUGGUGUGUUAAUGUGUAACGCUUGGGGAAGCUGAGGUCUGUGAUCCCCUGGGUGAGGCAUAUUCUGGACUGCCAGCAUUUCCAGGCUGUAUCUUGCCUCCCCACCGAAGAAGAUGUCUGAGAAGUUUGAAAUUGUCAACCUGGAUGUGAAGCCUGGGGAGGUCCUGAAGGUGAAGGGCAAGAUCUUUGAUGACACUGACAGAUUUGAAAUUAACAUUGGCAAAAGUUCCGGUGACUUGGGGCUGCAUUUCAACCCUCGCUUCGACGAAUCUGUCAUUGUCUGCAACUCCAGAUGCUCUAACAACUGGCAGGAGGAGCACCGUGAGGGCCACAUGCCGUUCUCCAGGGGCUCGGAAGUCAAGAUUCUCAUCUACUUUAUGGGAGACAAGUUCCAGGUGAAGCUGCCAGGUGGGCAUGAGCUGGAGUUCCCCAACCGACACAGUUACGACAAGAUUUCCUACCUGAGUGUGAAGGGUGGGUUCAGGGUCACCUCCUUCAAACAAGAUUGAUGGGUGGCAUGGUCCUGCUCUAAUAAAUGUCCCUUUUGAGAAAUCAUCACUUCCUAACCACUCUGGGUCCUGUGAAGUUCUUAAUUCUGACAUCUAGGCACCUGAGGAGAGGAUGUGGGUGCAUAUACUUGGCUGGAUUCCUGGGUUUUACGGUGAGCACCCCAAAGUGGGCCCCCUUAGUCUUGGGGCAGAAGCAGAUGUCCUCUUCUGUGGGUAAGACAUCUCCUCUAGGCACAGGGGGAUGUAAUUAGCAGAGCGGGAUGGAGAUGUUUCCAGCCUUGGCACCCCAAGAGAGCACCUUGCUGGGGUGCACUGGUAGGGAGCAGAGUUCUUAGGCCUGAGAGUGCGGUGGAGGGAAAUGGAUCUCUCAUAGUGCAAGGGUACACUUCCACCUGGCAGAGGUGAACUGAUGGCACAGUGCAAGGGAAAGUGCCAGGGCUGAGGUUGGUG